UUGCAAAUCUUCAAUUCAAAAACCUGCCCGGCUGCUUCUACUAUUUCCGAGUCCUCCGAGUCUUCUAAUCAUCUCCAAGUAAGUUUCUUUCAUUCCUUCUCUGAGUCAUGUCAGACCGUGAGGAUAGUGAGAACCCCUCCGUUCAUUCUUAUGGUUCUGGCGGCCGGUCUCCCACCUUUGGUUCCUCUUCUUCUUCUUCAUCCUCCGACUCUGAGCACCCGGCUACUUCUCCACAGAAGAAGCCGGUUGAUGCUUCCACUUGCGCUCCCUCUUCUUCCGCGGCACAAGUGGUCUCGGUUGCCCAGUCCGGGGACAAGGGCCUCAUUCAGCUAGACGAUCGGUUGCUCCAAGAGCAACCAUCGUACAUGCAGAAACCCCAAGUCCACGAACUGCGUAAUCUGAUGCCUGAUGGGUAUCAAUUGACCUACUGGGCAACGUGGAAGAGCAUUAUACCUCUCCACGCCGGCACGUCGAUUGGGAUCCAUUACCAUUCGAUCAAGGACUUGGGUGAGUUCUCUAUUCACCCAUUCAAAGUCCUUUUCCUUGAGACCUACGGGAUCAUGCCCGGGCAGCUGGCCCCUAAUGGUCGCCGUUUGUUAGGCAGCUUUAUCAACGUCUGCCGGUUUCUUCGUAUUCCUCUUUCUCUUCGCCUCUUUGAUUAUAUGUUUGAUGUUCGGCCCGGGUCCAAGGAAACCCUUGGAUUCGUGGUCAAACCAGCGGAGGCCGAUGACCUGGUUGCUUGGGAAGCCACUCUCCGGGACGGGGAUGCCUCGACCCGCGGUCUGUACCAUGUUGGGAAGUGGCGCGUCUACCCCGGCCGGGAGACCGACCCCGAACCGGAGAUUGUUCUGCCCGGGGUGAUCCCCGAAGCCAUCCCCAUCCGUCAGGCGAGGGGAUCCAAAGCCCCGGCCACUACCAAUGCCGGUCCUUCAUGCCCAGCGAAGAAGAAGGAAGAGGAAGUGGUGAAGUUUCAAUCCAAGUUUGCCGUCCCCCAAAUCGUGGUUGAGGAGCCCUCCUCCGCUCAGCCACUCACUCCUCCAUCCAGCCAACCACUCUUGAUGGAUGAUCUGCCGGCCCAGUCUCACCAAGGGACCAGCCAGCCGAUUCACUCGGGGGAGAUCUACUUCAACGUAGACACCUUCGAGUUCGACAAUCUGAUGGGUGAGACUGGGCAUACGUCCCAGGCGGGGGUGGGAGACCGGCCCAAUGAGGAAAGGGACGCCAAGGAGGAGACUUCUGGGGGGUCCCUUCAACGGAAGAAGCGGAAGACUGAGGAAGUCAACCAGCCUUCCCAUCAGGGGGCCCAGUCCUCCGACGCCGGCAAGGGGCCGAUAGUGCCUCGUUCUCUGGCUUUAAUGUCCAGGUCAAACGAGGAGCUCUUCCGAGCAUUCCGUGCUGAUCUGAAUGAGGUAAUUGGUGAAUCUAUAGAUGAGCUUGAGUUUCGCUCUUUAAUAUCUCUUGAAUUUGAAGAAUAUUAAUCCGUAAAAAUAGAACAAAGUCACAACCAUCAUCAUUGCUAAAUUUAAUUGAUUAUAUAAUAUGAAGGCAUAUUUUCUCAUAUAUGAUAUGAUUCACGAUAGUUCUUACAUUCGUGUACCUAUAUAUUGCAAAUUAAAUAUGUAUUACUCGUACAUGUUUUGUUCUACUUAAUGAGGAAACAUAGUUAGGACAUGUUGACUAGGUGAUGAACCUCAAUAAUAAUAAUGACAUGUUACU